GACUUAGGGCGUCGGGUUUGUUGUCAACCAAUCACAAGGCAGCCUCUCUCCAGCGCAGGCCAAUCGGCUUUCUGGUUAGAGGGUUUAACUCCUAUUUAAAAAGAAGAACCUUUGAAUUCCAACGGCUGAGCUCUUGGAAGAAUCGCGUCCUUGGGUUGCAGGUGGGAGCCGACGGGCAUCAUGGACAGAUCUAAAGAAAACUGCAUUUCUGGGCCUGUUAAGGCUAUAGCGCCAGUUGGAGGUCCAAAACGUGUUCUCGUGACUCAGCAAUUUCCUUGUCAGAAUCCAUUACCUGUAAAUAGUGGCCAGGCUCAGAGGGUCUUGUGUCCUUCAAAUUCUUCCCAGCGUGUUCCUUUGCAAGCACAAAAGCUUGUCUCCAAUCACAAGCCAGUUCAGAAGCAGAAGCAAUUGCAGGCAACCAGUGUACCUCACCCUGUCUGCAGGCCACUGAGUAACACCCAAAAGAGCAAGCAGCCCCAGCCGUCGGCACCUGAAAAUAAUCCUGAGGAAGAACUGGCAUCAAAACAGAAAAAUGAAGAAUCAAAAAAGAGGCAAUGGUCUUUGGAAGACUUUGAAAUCGGCCGCCCUCUGGGUAAAGGAAAGUUUGGUAAUGUUUAUUUGGCAAGAGAAAAACAAAGCAAGUUUAUUCUGGCUCUUAAAGUGUUAUUUAAGGCUCAGCUGGAGAAAGCAGGAGUGGAGCAUCAGCUCAGAAGAGAAGUAGAAAUACAGUCCCACCUGCGGCAUCCUAACAUUCUCAGACUGUACGGUUAUUUCCAUGAUGCCACCAGAGUCUAUCUAAUUCUGGAAUAUGCACCACUUGGAACAGUCUAUAGAGAGCUUCAGAAACUUUCAAAGUUUGAUGAGCAGAGAACUGCUACUUAUAUCACAGAAUUGGCAAAUGCCCUGUCUUACUGUCAUUCGAAGAGAGUUAUUCAUAGAGACAUUAAGCCAGAGAACUUACUUCUUGGAUCAGCUGGAGAGCUUAAAAUUGCAGAUUUUGGGUGGUCAGUACAUGCUCCAUCUUCCAGGAGAACCACUCUCUGCGGCACCCUGGACUACCUGCCCCCCGAAAUGAUUGAAGGUCGGAUGCAUGACGAGAAGGUGGAUCUCUGGAGCCUUGGAGUUCUUUGCUAUGAAUUUUUAGUUGGGAAGCCUCCUUUUGAGGCAAGCACAUACCAAGAGACCUACAAAAGAAUAUCACGGGUUGAAUUCACAUUCCCUGACUUUGUAACAGAGGGAGCCAGGGACUUCAUUUCAAGACUGUUGAAGCAUAAUCCCAGCCAGAGGCCAAUGCUCAGAGAAGUACUUGAACACCCCUGGAUCACAGCAAAUUCAUCAAAACCAUCACAUUGCCAAAACAAAGAAUCAGCUAGCAAACAGUCUUAGGAAUCGUUCAGGGGGAGAAAUCCUUGAGCCCAGGGCUGCUGUACAACCUGUCAGGAACAUGCCAGUGACAUUUAUCUUACUGUUCACCGCUGCCCUCAGUUUAGGACGCUACAAGAAAUAUUUGUUUUACUAAGCAGGUGUGCCUUAACCUCCCUAUUCAGAAAGCUCCACAUCAAUAAACAUGACACUCUGAAGUGAAAGUAGCCACAAGAAUCGUGCUACUUACACUGGUUUGUAAUCUGGAGGGCAAGGUUUGACUGCAGCCGCCCCCUCAGCCUGUGCCAGGCAUGGUGUCCUCACAGGAGACAAAUCCAGAUUCUGGCUGUGGGGAAAGUGACCACUUUGCCCUGACUCGAUCAGUUAAGGAGCUGUGCAAUAACCUUCCACAUACCUGAGUGAGUGUGUAACUUAUUGGGUUGGCCAAGCCUGGUAAAGCUGUUGGAAUGAGUAUGUGACUCUUUUUAAGUGUGAAAAUAAAGAUAUUUGUACAGACUUGUAUUUGUUCUCUGGUGGCAUUUCCUUAGGAAUGCUGUGUUUGUCCAGCACUCCGGCAGGCCUGGUUGGGUUUCUAGUCCUCCUUAACCACUUAUCUCCCAUAUGAGAGUGUAUAAAAUAGGAACACGUGCUCUACCUCCAUUUAGGAACUUGCCUGGGAUACAGAAGAGGCCAUGUGUCUCUGAGCUGUUAAGGGCUUAUUUUUUAAAAACCACUGGAGUUUUUAAAUAGCAUGUGUGGAAACUUUAUGCAAAUAAAUAUCUAUGUCU